UGAAUCCUGUUUUGUGAUGGAGAGUCCCAAAAUGGAAAGUGAAGUAACAGUGUCCUCCUCGUCCAGCGUGGUAUCACCUCCGCUCCAGACUUCCACUGCUCAGGCCAACCUGGCAGCAAAGCAGAGAGACAGCAGAAAGACCACAUACACGACUCCCGACUUCCUCUCCGACCUGGGGAGGGCCACCCUGCGGGGGAUUCGCAAGUGUCCGCAGUGUGGCGUGUACAACGGCACCCGGGGGCUCAGCUGCAAGAACAAAGCCUGUGGGGUCUCCCUCAGAAUGCUUUCGGCGGUGAGCAGGAACAGCAAGAAAUGUGCGGUGGAGGUGGUGAAAGUGAUAAUAGACAGCGAGGAGAGGGUGGGGAAAGAGCGUGAGGGUGGAGGAGGAGUCCUAGGCGGUGGCUCAGGUGGAGGAGUGCAGGUGUUUUCAGUGUGUCACAGAGGAAGAGGAGCCACAGCUACGCAGUUGGGCUUUGUUGAACUCGUUCCCACCGAUACGGCUAUAGCGACAGGUGACGGCGCCACCUGCUAACACCGCAUCAACCUGGGACGCUGCUUUUUGCCGUCAUGCAGACAGGGGCAAAGGUCAAAUCAGGGCGAGACAGAAUCAGCGGUGGCCGGUUCGAAACAGUCCUCCGACAGUCUCUGCAUCCACAUCAAGCAGGCGAUAGAGUGUCGGAGCCGUGCGACGCCGCUGACCUUAAAGAGCUCCGUCCUGGAGGGUCUACAGGCCUCCAUUCAAGCCAGGGAGGAGCUGUGGAGGCUGGCCACGGAGUCUCCAGGCCCUCUGGUGCAGCGGGUUACAAAAGACACCCUGGUGGUGAAGUGCCACACAGAUUCCCAGCAUCCUUUGGGUUUGCUGCAUCUCACAGUAGGUGCAGGUGGGCUGUCUGAGGUUGUAAAGAGCGAGAGGAGGAGCAGAGAGCAGCAGCAGCAGCAGCACGCCGUCUUUCACUGUGCCUGUGAAGUUAGCAGCAGAAGAAGUAAACUGGUGUUUGAUGGAGCAGCUGGAUCCAACAACUCUCCUCCUCCUCCUCCUUCCAGCUCGGUCACACCACAACCCUGCCUUCACUUCUACGCCUGUGUGUGUGCCUUUGCAAGCGAUGAGAAACUGGCGUCAGAGUUUGCUGCUUUCAUCAACUACACCCCUUCAGGCGUGCAGCAAAGCGCCACCAGUAGAGGAACUGGUCCCAGUGAGAAGCCUCUGCAACAGGCCCAACCCGUCAACUCUCCUCAUAAGACAAAGAAAGCUCGCCUGGAUGAAUCUCUCUCUGCCCCCUCAGUGGCCUCUGUCUCUGGGGUGGGGAAGGAGGGAGUGUCGGCCUCCAGCCUGAGGAGAGCUGGUCAGAGGAACGCCGCUGGUGCCGGUGGGCUGAAGGCUCCAGGGAGCACGCAGGUUGUGGAUGAGCAUACGGUGACGAUGAGCUUCCAGCAGUGGCUGGCCAGCGUCACAGAGAAGAUCCACCAGACAAUGCACUACCAGUUUGAUGGGAAACCACAACCUCUGGUGUACCACAUCCCCCAGGAGUUCUUCAACGCUCUGCAGCAUCGUCUGUCGCUGGGCUCCAAGAAGAGGAGGCUGCCCAACUUCACCACAGCGUUUGUGAGAAACGAUGGACUUCCUCUCUCCAAGUACACCUGGCACAUCAUCAGUCUCAUGCAGGUCAAACGCAUCUUUGACACCUCAGAGCUGCCUCUGGAGCUAUCUCAGAGUUUUGUGAAGAACGCAGACGGCUCUUAUUCACGUUUCCGCUGCCCUGAGCCUCCGCCUGAACCAGAACUACCAGAUGGAUGCAGGACAGAUCGGCCGCAGGCUAUACGACCGAUGGAGCUCCGCACCUUCCUCAAAGUCGGACCGGCAGAUCAGAAGGAAGCCAGUCCGUUUGUGAUGGAGUGGAUCCCAGACGUUCUCCCUCGCUGUCAGAUGGGAGAACUCAGGAUCAGCUUUGAAUUUGGCCACCAGCAGAGCGGUCAGCCGGACAACUGUGAGAAAACGAGCGCGGCUGAGAAAGCAGGUCGUAACAAAUCGGACUCAACCCAAUCCAAACCAAACACCAAGGCUGUCGAAAUCCUUCAGGUGGUCGUCUAACGACAGGAACAGUGUCAACACAUCUCUGGGAUGACAGAUAUGGAUUAAUAUGACUCAUUAUACAGUAUGGGACAUACCCUUAUAUCCAUGUUAUAUUAUGCAAGGUAUCAGUUGCCAUGUGAAUUACACAGUAUAUUAUUGAACAGUAUUUUUAGACAAUCUAGUCUGUAGAGGAGAACUCAUCAUAAUGCUAAAUAUUCAAAAUAUCAAACUCUCAAAGUAAAACUACAAAAAAGGAAAUAUAUUUUUUGAAAAAUAUGCAUUUUUGAAAAACAUAUUACUGAAACAUGUUUUGCUCAAGACAAAUCAUACAAUCAGUAAAAAUAAAAAGUAAUACUGAUUUAAAAGUGAAUAAGAACUUUGGGUCGGUCAGUCUUUCUCACAGCAGGUAAACGUGCCAGUUCCUCACAUUCACUAGAACGUCUCCUAAAGGGGAAAAAGACCCUGGAUGUGUUCAAACUUUCAAAGAAGGAUUUUUGUUUUGCUAUGUAAGCAUAAAGAAAAUAAAACACAUUUAAUGGACAAAAA